AGUCCGGCUGGACUGGACUUUGGGGAGGGGACGCCCGGCGCGAGUGGCACCGCUGCUCCAGCCCUUGUCAUUCGCUCCCCCGCACCCUGAGCGGACGCCGGGGCUGGAACUGCCCAGCCCACCUCAGCCCCAGACUUCUCGCCACCGCGGAAGUCCGGGGCUGGGAGCCUGGAAGACGGGAGUUGCUGGUUGUCGGCUCCCAUCCCCCGCUUUGCUUAGGUUACCCCAAGAAGUCGCGGCGCCCCGAGUUCAGUGCGGUUGGCAGCCGAGCGAGGGUUGCUCGCGGCGGCCAGGUGACUGGUGCGCGCGAGUUUCCUUUUGACCCAGUUGCCUUAGAACUUUUCAGAAGUUACUCGCGUGGCCAGAGCAGGUGACAUUUGUCGCCUUCCUUCCCGGCCUCCCCCCGGGGAGGGUGCACGGGCGGUGGCGUGUGCCAAGUGCCCCCGGCCAGCUGGGGUCAGGGAGGGAGUGGAGGCAUGAGCCAGGAGAGAGGCUCAGUGAGUCACGGACCCUGGGAGGGAGGGAGAGGAGGGAUUGUGUCGUACGCUCACCUGUUUGUCAGUCACCGUCACACGCAGAGGCCACCGCUGUGAGUCACGGGCGCUGCUACACCGGCCAUCCCCUGGCACACGUAGGCUCUCUCCCACGCACUCUAUUCCCUUCCUGGCGCGUAUUCCUCCCUUUCCUCAGUUUCCCCUCCCCUGGGGCCCUUUCGCAGGCAAGCUCUGUUAAGAUGCCCACAUCACACACUUAGUCACUCCCGCUCGCCGGCACAAUCACACAGCCAAAGCCCACACUCCUGACACCAGGAGGUCCCUCCCCGGCUCCCGAUGCCCACCCAACGCCUCCAUUCAAAGUCACAUAGUCCUCUGGAGGGUAACUCAUCACUUCCCCCGCCCCCAAAUCCUGACAGCCCUGCCCUCUUUCUCCACUGGCUUUCCUCUCUGUCCACUGUAUUUCUCCGGUGUCCUUGACCUGUCUACUCACCUGGCUGCACCCCAAAGGCCACACCCCCUUCAGUCCCAUUGCUGAGCCAUCUUUAGAAAAUGCAAAUCUGGUAUUGUCACUCCCUACUAAAACCUUUCUGUGGCUUCGCCUGCCCUCAAGCUAAAGCCUGUCCUGGAACUCUGCCUCCUCUCCGGCCGCCCCUCCCCCACUGGUUUUACCUCCUCAAGUCCUUCACCUUGUUGAACCCCCAGUGGUACUCCUCCAACCCUGCAUCCCAGCACCCUGCACUGUGGUUCUCCCCACUCAACUUGGCUUCAAAAGAGCAAGCAUUUGUGUAGGUCUUGCUCACUGUAUGCAGAGUGCCUGCAGUGCUUAGCUUAUCGUGGGAGCUCAAUAAAUAUUUGUUGAAUGAAUGAAUGAGAGAGCAAAGGAGGCUCCGCUGAGGUGUAGGAGGCGGGGUCAUUGUCAGGUGCAAUUUUCCCUUCUGCAGAAGUCAGUGCAUCAUGUAGCCAGCCAACAUUUGGCACCUCCCCAGUGCCAGGCCCUGGAGGCCAAGGCUGAAGAACUGUCCCCUCCCCUGAGAUCACUUUCAGAGGGAUGGGUGGGGGAGGGGUGCCAAGGCUUCCUGUCUGCCCUGGCUGGCUUUUCAGUGGUGGCCAGAGGUGUUUAGAGGUGCCCUCCCAGGAAGUAGUUCCUGAUGGUCUGGGGUCAUGUGACCCUAGGUGUUUGUGGGGGGACUGGCCAAGGCCUGGGGCUCUGAGGUUAAAGGACACAUUCUUCAGAUUCCUGGAGGGGGAUGGAGGCAGCUAAAGGUGACCCCUCCCUAAGAUCAGCUCCUUCUGGGGGCUGGGGCUUUGGUGGGUCUGCUGAGGUUGGCAGAAGAGUUGCUGUGGCUUUUCUGAGGCCUAGAGAUACCCCUCCUCACUUAAGCAGCCUUUGGUUGCUUGGAGGGUGGAGGAGUGGGGGUAAGGUGACCUUCCUGGAUUCACAGUGCAGUGAGGGGCGUGCCCACCCUCCCCCAUCCUGGUGUGUGGUGGCAGGAGGGCCUCCUGAUUCUCAGGGCUCUGUCAGAUCCCGGAAGAAGCCUGGUUGUCUUUGAUUCAGGGCCUGUCUCUGGGGCUCCUAAGGGUGUGGUAUUUCUGUCUGAGCCAGCUCCUGGGAAUUGCCUUUCCUUCCUCCAGGACCCUAGAAGGGGGCUGUGCUCUCCCUGGGAACAGAGCCAUGGUCAGGAUCUUGAUUUCUGGGUAGCUGCUGAGGGCCCCUCCCCCACUCUCUGACUCACUGUCUGACACUUUUCUUGGACUCUUUCACUAUCUUUCAUUCCUUUUUCUGACUUGGCCUCUCCUUGUCUUUGGCUCUGCCUUUUUCUCUCAUCUCCAGCCUCUGCCUCUCUCAGCCUCUGGAUUCCCAGGUGGGACAGCGGGAACAUGAGAUCCAGGGGUCCUUUCCUCUUCCUGCCUCUCCAAAGGACUAUCCAGAAGGAGAUAAUUCAUUUCAUUCCAUGACUGCAGAUCCUGCAAGGGGUUCACCACUAGAACCUUCAGCUUGGCCAUAGCUUCCCUAUGUUUCUGUUUCCCUGUCUUCAGCCUUGGUGGUCAUAACCCCCUCACCUUAAUCCUCCUGUGGACAUCUCUGAGUCAGGACCAUGGUGUCUGAUUUGAACCUGCUUCCUUGACUUCUCUCACCAUCUGUUUGCUCUUGGGAAACGGGGAACUUCCUGUGAUGCCUAUGUUGGCACCUGUCUGUGGCCUGAGCUUCCGUCUCCUGCCUUCAGAGCCACCCCUUUUGAGCAACAUUCUUGCUUAAACCCUCUGGCAUAGGCUAGGGUAUAGCCAUAUGGCUCCCUUCUUAAAUUAACUGUGAUAGGAGAAGGUCACACUGUCUUCACCCCACACAUGAGGUCACAUGAAAUCACAGUGACCUCAUGUCCAAAAAAGAUCAUUUCUCUGUGUUUAUACCUGAUAUGUGGGGCCAGCCUACCUACCUCUAACAUUGUCAAGUGCCCUUUCUAUACCAGACUCCAUGCCUGGGCACAGUGACAGGCAGAAAUGUGAGCCUGAUGUGAAGCAGAUUAGCAAUGAAGCCAUUGCAGUAUAGUUAGAUAGGGCCUGUGAUGGGGGAAAUUCCAGGGCCUGUGGGAGCUUCCUUAGUUCAGGCUACUCUAAUGCGAAGACUAUGGACUGGGUGGCUUAAACAAAGGAAAUUUACUUUCCACACUACUGGAGGUUAUGAAGUUUAAAAACAAACAAAGUGGCCAGGUAAGGGUCCUCCUCCUGGUUUGCAGGUAGAUGCCUUCUUGCUAUCUCCUCAGGUGGAGACAAAGAACAUCUCUGUUAUGUCUCUUCUUAUAGUACUAAUCUCAUUCAUGAUCUAAUUACCUCACAAAAGCCCCCUCCCAAAUAUUAUCAGUGGGGAGAUUCCACCCUAACAUAAAAAUUUUAGUAGCCUACAAAUCUUCUGUCUAUAACAGAAGCCAGAGAGGCAGGGGAAAAAAGUGGGGGAUUCAGAAAGUCCCUUUGGAGAUGACUUUUUUUUUUUGAGACAGUCUCACUGUGUAGCCCUCAGUAAAGUAGUGUGGCGUCACAGCUCACAGCAACCUCAAACUCUUGGGCUUAAGUGAUUCUCUUGCUUCAGCCUCCCACGUAGCUGGGACUAUAGGUGCCUUCCACAAAGCCCAGCUGUUUCUUGGUUGAAGUUGUCACUGUUGUUUAGGUGGCCUGGGCCAGGUUCAAACCCACCAGCCUGUAUGUAUGUGGCCAGCGCCCUACCUACUGAGCUACAGGCACCCAGCUGACCGUUUUUUUUUUUUUGUUUGUUUAGAGUCUCAAUCUGUCAUUCCAGCUAGAGUGCCCUGGCAUCAGCCUAGUUCACACCAACAUCAAACUCCUAGGUUCAAGUGGUCCUCCUUCCUCAGCCUCCUGAGUAGCUGGGACUACACGUGCCUGCCACCAUGCCUGGCUGAUUUUUAGUAGAGACAGGGUCUUGCUCUUGCUCAGGCUGGUCUUGAACUCCUGGGCUCAAGGGAUCCUCCUACCUGGGCCUCCCAGAAUGCUAGGAUUAUAGGCGUAAGCAACUACACCAGGCCUGGAGAUUAUUUCUAAAAAGCAAUAAGGCUGGAUUGUUCCAUCUUGAGAAAGGCCAGGAGUGAGCCGGGAUGUGGCCAUUAGUAACCGCAAGUCCAGCUAGAGUAUAGGGAGGGGGUUAAGGAGUGUCCUAAAUUAUGAAGCUGGAGGGGAAACCAGGGCCAGGCCUGCUUCAGCCUCUGGAAUUCUGGACUUGAUCCUGAAGGAAGCUUAUGGAACGGCAGGUAGGUGUGUGGUUUAAGAAGAUGAUUCUGGCUGCAGGGUAAAGAAUGGAUAGGGGUCAGGAGCAGAGGCAGGGGACAGAAGUGGCAGCUGUAGGGACAAAGACGAUAUACCAGAUCAACACGGAACAUUUCCAUCACCUCCAGAAAAUUCCCUCAUGACUCAGGGGUAUAUGCCGUUCCCCUUGGAACCACUAUUCUGACUUGUAGAGUUACCCAUUGGUCUUGGCUUUUCUUAAGCUUCAUUCACAUGCAUUUUGUGUCUGGCUUUCACUCAAUAUGAUGGCCUUUGAGAUUCAUCUGUGUUGUGUGUAUCCAGGAGCUCUUUCUUUCUUUGUGUACAGUGUAGGAUAACACAUUCACUGAGUACUUAUCACUGUUCUAAGAACUUGACAUGUAUUGAUUUCUGUAAACCUCCCAACUCCAGAAGGCUUUAAGAUAAAGAAUUAGAGAUGCAGGGCAGCGCCUGUGGCUCAGUGGGUAGGGCACCGGCCCCAUUUACCGGCCUUGGCCAAACUGCAAGAAAAAAAUAGCAAGAAUUAGAGAUGCAGAGAAUUUAGGGAGUUUGCCCAGGAUUACCCAGUCGGCUAAUAGCCAAACUGACUGGGUAAUAGCCAAGCUUGGGUUCAAGCGCAGGCAGCUUGGUUCAGGAGCUGAAGUUCAAUACACCGUGCAGCCUCCAGGAUGCCCACUGAGCCUGUGCCUGGCCUUGUGUGGAUUAAAGGGAUUUAUGUGAACUUCCGGGCUUGGGUGCCUGGGUAUAGAUGGAGAAGGGGGGUAGGCAGUUGAGGAUGAUGCAGGUUUCUGGCUUGAGUAACUGGGUGGGUGGCAGUGCUGUUACUAAGAUAGGGAACACAGGAAGAGGAACAGAUGGCACAGGGUGGGGGGUGGGGAACAGACAAGGGGUUCGAUUUGGGGCCUGCAGAAUUUUAUGUUUCUAAGGGACAGCCAGGCAGAAAUGUCAAGGGAGCCAUUAGCUCUGGGGUGGUCUCAGGUUUUGGUGUGUGUUGGCAUUUGGGACCCUGUAGACAGCAUCUGGAAUUUGGGAAAGAAUGGAGUCUCCUGGCAGGGCUGUGAUGAGGACAGGGUAUGUGGGCGUUGUCUAUGUGUGUUUCUGUGUGUGUGUGCGCAUACAUAUGUGUGCAUGCCUGCCUCUGGGUCAUGAGUCCCUCAUCUCCUGAGAGGGCCUGCAGGUCAGCUGGGAGCAGGGUUGUUUUUGUCUGUGGUUUGACCCUGGGAGGAGGGUGCCAAGCCUGAGAAACUACCCACUGAGAAGCCCCGGAAACAUCUGUGAGUCUUCUUCCCUCAGGCCCAGGGGUAGGGGAUUGUUUCUCUCAUGCCUCCCUGGAGGAGGCUGUCCCUGGAAUGAAUUUUAGCCAGUUAGGAGGUUGACAGGCAUACCUUUCAGGGUUCAGAGACAUGGUAAGAGGCUUGGGAGAAGGGGAAGGGGUGUUAAGAAGGGACACCUGAGAAGAGGAGACUAAGACAGCUUACUGGUUGGCUUUUCCUGUUCUCUCUCAUUUCCUGUGAUGGCAGUGGGGGAGGGUUCCCCAGCACUAGGGCCUUGCUUCCUUUCCCCUUCCUCCUGGUGAUCUCCUGGGGGCCAGCCGGAGUGCAGCAGGACAGAGCAACAGAGACAAGGCUGUCUGUUCCCAGACCCCGGAGCACCCCUGCACCACCAUGACUGGGCUGCUGAAGAGGAAGUUUGACCAGCUGGAUGAGGACGACUCCUCAUUCUGCUCCUCCUCCUCCAGCUGCCACUCUCGCUCUUGCUCCCCAAGCUCUUCUGUCUCCCCUGCCUGGGACUCAGAUGAGGAGGGCCUCUGGGAUCAGACACCCCUGCCUCGUGACUUCUCUGGCCCCCGAAGUUUCAUGCCCCCGUCCAUCCUGAAGCGGGCUCCCAGGGAGCGCCCAGGUCGCGUAGUCUUUGAUGGCAUCACCGUCUUCUAUUUCCGCCGGUGCCAGGGCUUUACCAGUGUGCCCAGCCGUGGUGGCUGUACUCUGGGCAUGGCCUCUCGCCACAGUGCUAGUCGCCACUUCUCCUUGGCUGAGUUUAGUCAGGAGCAAGCCCGGGUACGAUGCGAGAAGCUCCGCCAGCGCUUGAAGGAAGAGAAGCUGGAGAUGCUGCAGUGGAAGCUUUCGGCAGCCGGGGUACCCAAGACAGAGGCAGGCCAGCCUCUUGCAGUGGAUGCCAUUGAUGAUGCCUCUGUGGAAGAGGACUUGGCAGUGGCUGUGGCAGGCGGCCGGUUGGAGGAAGUCAACUUCCUACAGCCCCACCCAGCCCGGCGACGACGAGCUCUGCUGCGGGCUGCAGGUGUUCGAAGGAUUGAUCGGGAGGAGAAGCGAGAGCUGCAGGCAUUGCGCCAAUCCCGGGAAGAUUGUGGCUGUCACUGUGACAGGGUCUGUGACCCCGAGACCUGCAGCUGUAGCCUGGCAGGCAUCAAGUGCCAGAUGGACCAUACAGCAUUCCCCUGUGGCUGCUGCAGAGAAGGCUGUGAGAAUCCCAAGGGCCGUGUGGAAUUUAAUCAGGCGCGAGUUCAGACCCAUUUCAUCCAUACACUUACCCGCCUACAACUGGAGCAGGGGCCCAAGAGCCUUGGGGAGCUGGAGAGCCCCGCCCAGGGCAGCCCACCCAGCCCUGCAGAGCAGGUUCUGAUUCCCACUUUCCCACUAGCCAAACCCCCUGUGAGCAGUGAGCUGGGAGACAACAGCUGCAGCAGUGAUAUGACUGAUUCUUCUACAGCAUCUUCCUCAGCAUCUGGCACUAGCGAGGUUCCGGACUGCCCCUCUCACCCAGGUCUGCCUAGCCCUGGCUUCCAGCCUGGUAUGGACGAUGACAGUCUGGCCCGGAUCCUGAGUUUCAGUGACUCUGACUUUGGUGGGGAGGAGGAGGAGAAGGAAGAAGCAGGUAUUGGGAACCUGGACAACUUCAGCUGCUUCCAUCCAGCUGACAUCUUUGGUACUGGUGACCCUGGUGGCCUGGCCAGCUGGACCCACAGCUAUGCUGGCUCUAGCCUCGUGACAGGCAUUCUAGAUGAAAAUGCCAACCUGGAUGCCAGCUGCUUUCUAAAUGGUGGCCUUGAAGGGUCAAAAGAAGGCAGCCUCCCUGGCACUUCAGUGCCACUCAAUGUGGAUGCUGGCCAAAGCAGCUCAGUGGACCUCAGUUUGUCUUCCUGUGACUCCUUUGAGUUGCUUCAGGCUCUGCCAGAUUAUAGUCUUGGGCCUCACUACACCUCCCAGAAGGUAACUGACAGCCUAGACAACCUCGAGUCACCUCACUUCCCUUUGCCUGGCCUCUCUCCACCUGGGGACAUUAGCACUUGUUUCUUGGAGACCCUCAUGGGCUUGUCCGAGCCAGCUGCUGAAGCCCUGGCUCCCUUUAUUGACAGCCAGUUUGAGGAUACUGCCCCAGCAUCUCUGAUGGAGCCUAUGCUGGUGUGAGGACUAGAAUGCCUUUUUUCAAGACCCCUGUUGCUGCUUUCUUAUAAUUUUGGGGCUCCCCAAGGUCUGUAUGUAACAGUCUCCUGUUGUCUGGUUCACCCAUGGGCGCCAUGUGCACACUCCUGGUUUUCAUGCAACACUUUGAAUUUAUUUAUUUAUUUUUUUAACUGUUCUGUGCUAAAGAAGGGGGGGGGCUCCCCUUUCAGCUGCCCAGUCUCCCCAGCCCUUCAAUGAUCUUCCACUCCACAACACAUGCCAGGAAGAAGGGAAAGUGUGGCUCCUUGGCAGACCACUUCUUGGUCAUUGCACAAUGUUUCUUAGCCAAAGUUGGUGAGACAGGACUGAAAUCAGGUGGCUUCUCUUACCACCCUGAGCCUUAGACCAAUGGGUGGCUAAAUCCUCUGGACUGUGAAGACUAAUUUAUUUCCAUAAUUUAUUUGGAGACCAAGGCGGCUUUGGCUACUCCUCUACGGCUGGUGGACAGUAUUGGGGGUGGGGUGGGCACAGACCCUUGAGUCCCUUUUGCUUUGUAGACCUACCCUUGCCCUGAUGGAGCUUUGGUGGAGACUAGGUCUGGAUUUGAGCCCUAUGAUCUACAGUGUCAACUACCUGGCUCCUGAAUGUCUGAGUGGGCUGGGGCUAAAGUGUGAGCAGAGGGAGAGGCUGGGCUGACCAGCUGUGACCAAAACUCCCUUCUGCCUCACUAGCCCCCUCCACUUCCUGCCUCUGUCCAUCUCCUCCCCAAGGGCUACAGCCUUUAUUCCAGGCCCAUUUAUUUAGGGGAGAAGGGGAAAGUCAGAGGCCCAGAGAGGAUAAGCGGCUUACCUUGGGGCGCGAAGCAUGCCCCAGACUACUUAUCUCAGGGCCUUCUGGGCACUAGACUCCAGCCUGGCCCACCUGCCCAUGCCCUGAGGCUAGUUGGUGAAGGGUGUCUCCUUAGGACUUACGUUUGCUGGUAAUGAAUUUUGCAUCAUAAUUUCUAUAUUGUCCCUGAGUGUGAGAACUAUAAUUUAUUCAUUUUUCCCUGUGUUGUGCCAAGAAACUCAGGUUCUGGGCCUGCCCCCUUGCCUGGGAGGCCUUGCCAGCCUGUGUGCUUAUGGGAACACCUUGUACCUGAGCUUAUAGGUACCAAUAAAGAGGCUCUAUUUUUAA